AUGGCUUCGGGGUGCUCGGAGGCGGCGACGCAGCGGGUGGCAGAGCUGGAGGAAGAGCUGCGGGCUCUGGCGGAGCAGCUGAGCCGCUGCCAGGCUGAUAAAGAAUUUGUGUGGUCUCUUUGGAAACAUCUCCAGGUGUCAAAACCAGACCUUACUCAAGCCGUCAGCUUGGUUGUGCCUAGAGAAAAACGGAAAGCUGAAGUCAAGGACAGAAGCAUUUUAAAGGUUUUGCAAGACAAAGACAGCGAAAUAGAAUCUUUAGAACAGAGGCUCACAGGACAGCAGCAGGAGAUAAACAGCUUAAUGCAGAGAAAAAAUGCUGUGGAUGAGGAAAAUACCCGUUUGAAGAAUGAAUUCGGUUACUUGAACCGGAAAUUUAAAGAUAAAAGCCAAGAACUUAAGGACACUGAGGAGUGUGCACAGAAGAAGGAAGAGCAAAACAGACUGGUUAUAAAAAACCUGGAGGAGGAAAAUAAGGGAUUAAAUAUAUGCUGUGCUGACCUGCUAAGUGACCUGGAGAAACUGAGGAAGCAGGAGACACAAUGGAAAAAAGAAAAAUCUGGCAGUGAUACCAGAAUAAAGAAUUUGGAAACUAAUUUAGCAGAGACAAGAGAACAAAUAAAAAGUUUGCACUGUAUAUGCAGUAACUUGUCAUCUCAGGUAGAUGUGAAACAGGAAGAACGUUUCCAAAAGGAUUGUGAUGUGGUCGGAGCUGAGAAGGAGUUAGAGGAGCUACAGAAUCUUUACAGACAAAACACUGAAGAUAGAACACAGCAGGCUGAGCUGAUAAAGCAGCUAGAGGCUCUCAAUGCUGAUACACAAGAAGCACUGCAAGCCCAAGAAUAUGCUCACACAGCUAAAACAACAUAUCAAAAAAUUAUUACCCUUACAAUAAGGAUAGGUAUUGCAACAGCCUUUAAGUCUGCUAGAGACUAUAUUACUAUGCAAGAAUCAGAAAUGGAGCUUUUACAGAAAAAAUUGAAGGAAGUGGAUCUUAACCUAGCAGAGCAUAAUUUGUACACUACAGAUACACUGGAAAGCAGCAAUAUAAGGACUGGAAGAAAGCACAAGGAACCACCUGUGAAAUGUUCAAGGUCUCUGUCCCCAAAGAGCUCUUUUAGAGAGUCAGAAGAGUCUCAAGAAUCUUAUGAGCUAAGAGCAGCCUAUGGAAAACAUGAAGAAAGGCUGCAGAUGUUACAGCCCAACUACAGAGUGCUAAAAGAGCAAUUAAAGCAGUGGGAAGAGGGCAAUAGCAGCCUUGAAAAUAGUAAAAGCAGAUACCAGCAUACAGGCUCCUGUCAGCUUUGUCAAGAGGAUCCUGAUGUGAUGUGGGAUGAACUGGCUUUUUUCAAAAGGGAGUACAAAAAAUGGAGUACAGUAAAUGCUGAUAUAAAAGCUACAACAGGCAUUCAAAUGAGUGAAUAUUUAGAAAAAGAUGAAAAGCAUGUUCAGCCACUUUUUAAACUUAGUGAAGAUGAUGCGGCCAAGGCUAAUGCUUCAAAGAGAUGUAUGAGAGAAGUUUCAUACAAGAUGCUACAGAAGGUACAACAACUAGAAAGAAGAUUCAAAGCUAUUGAAGGGGAAUUAAAGAAACAGAAAGAAGUAAAUAAAGACUUACUGAAUGAGAAAAUGUAUUUGAAAGAAUCUUUGAAACUGCAAAAGGAAGAUGCAGACCCAAGAAAAAGAGAGCUGGAAACUGUACUUAAGAGGAUUUGUGAGGUAAAAAAAGAAAAAGCAGAACUUCAGUUCUUGAUUGAUGAGAAGGAAAAAGAAGCUGCCUCUUUGAAAAGGCAAGUGACAGAAGCUAACAGGUUGAGAAAUGAAAGUGAAGAUUUGCUGAGUCAAGUGCAGGAGCAGAAGUGUUUGCUGGAUAAAUCCAAAGCAGUGGCAAUCUCUGGGCAAUAUAAUUGCAAGAUAACAGGCACCAAGGUUAAAUUAAAAACAGCCAAGAAAAGGAGCUCUUUGGGACAUCAUGGAGCUUUUCUCAAACAGUCCAUCAAGGUUAUGAGUAAUGUGUUUGAGAACUUCAGUAAGGACGGCUGGGAGGAUAUGAGUGAAAGCAGAAGAGGUCCAGCUGGUUGUGUCCCAGGUCUUAAGAGGCUCCCUACAAUCUUGAACAGAGCAAAAGGGAGAAAUACCACUAUUCAGAAACUGGGCUACUCUGUUACUCUACUGCAGAAAAAAAUUAAGCCACUGAAGAAGCAGGUAGCUGUUGUACAGAGGAAAAAAAAGACAACAGUGUCUUCCAUUAAAAAUGUUACACAAAACAAUGACAAAUUAACAAGUCAGCUACAUUUGCCUGAUCAGACUUCAAGUCUCAACAAGUGGACGAUUCCUAUUUUGGCCUCCAGCCUGGCCAAGUGGCAAUUGGAGAAGAAAGAUUUACAAGGAAAAUUAAAGUUGAGAGAACAUCUGUCUCAAACUGCUGGCAAGAGUGAAGCCACACCAGCUCCUUCAAAGAACAUUGAUUUAGAGAUUAAACAGCUGCAGUGCAAACUAAAGAAUUCGAACACUGAAAUCGCUAAGCAAUCGACCACCAUUAAGUCCCUUAAAAAACAAGUCCAGGAAAAAGAAGAAUGGGUUCAGGAACUACAAGCGAAAAUUUCUAAGUUGGAGAGGGCUGUUACUAUGAAAAGACAGUUGAUAGGAGACUUAAUGUCUUGCCUAAAAGCAAAUCAAGAAAAUAAGAAAACCUCAAAUGAAACAUUGGAAAGUCUUGAGAGAAAGACGAAGGCACUGGCUGAAGACAAAAAAGCUUCCAUUGACUCAAUGAAACAAAGGUUUAAUGUAGCUAUGAAAGAGAAGUCUCAGUAUGAGCAGAUGUAUCACAAAGCUAAAGAUGAUUUGGAGAAAAAGGAUCUCAGGAUUGCUAAACUAGAGAGGAAAGUGAUUGAGACUGAAUGUGCUUUGAGUGAGCUUGAAACUGCUGCAUCUCAACAACUAUAUGGCUUGGCUAAGCAGAAUACACAGGCAUUGGAGACUCUACAGAAGGAGCUGCUGCUCACCAGUGACAAAGUAGAAGAGUUCAAGACAUUUGUGAAGUCUCUAACCGGAGAAUUACAUCACAGUGUACAAGAGCUGAGAACAAAAAUCAAACUGGCAAAAAAAGUGGAAGAAAUGAAAGCAUGCAAAAAGGGUCUUUCCCAAGAGAGUUUUCAGUUAGCAGCGUCUAUCCUUAAUGUUUCAACAAGUGAUCUUUAUCAAAUACUACAAGAAGGAGAUGAUGAGGAAACAGCCGAAACAGAAAUGGAAUUUGAAAAAGAUAAAGAAUGGCUACAGCAUAUACAGAAACUUAGUGAAGGACAGUUUCCUUUUGCCUCAUACUUAAUGGAUGCUGUACUGGAAAAAUUAAAUGAGAAGAAGAAAUUGGUAGAAGAGUACAGUUCCCUCAUGAAGCACACUGUGUGAUAUUGCUAAGAUGUGUAUUUGCAAAGUCUGACUGAAAUGUGUGCAGUUUCCUCAUGUCUUUCCUCUUCUCAUAAAGAACUGUCAAUAUGCAUGUUCAAUACAUACACA